UGACUUACCACUGACAAUUGACAUGCGAAAACAAAACUGUCAGACCUGAAAUGUUUUUAUGAAAUUUGCAUUUCUUUAAAGUGCACCUGCUUCCACCAGGUACCGAACGUCGUAUUGGGUGAAGGUAAUCCGGCUACGUUACAAGAAGUUAAAUAUUGCGCCAUAUUGAUUCGUUUGUUUUGAAUGGGCAAUUGUAGAUAACCUUCAUUUAACGACUGAUUGUGAAACUGGAAGGUUUCAAGCUAAAACUCGAUCCUGAGAAGAAUCAUCAAUGUGGUCCAGGCUAUUCUGAAGAUGGGGAAUAGUGAAAGUGAAAGUGUGGAAGCUGCAGGAGUGUACACGUUCAAGCCGUUCUGUUAUGAGAAGGUGGCGUUUUCAGGGGACAGUACCAAAGUCCCGCAUCCGCGCAGCGGCCACCGCAUUGGGGCUGAUUCGGCAAAUCUUUACUGCUUCGGCGGCUACAACCCCCUCAUUCUGCCCGAGGAGUAUCACUAUGAAGACGACUCCUAUAUUGACUCGUAUCCGCUAUUCCAAGAGCUUUGGAGGUUUAAUUUAGCAUCCAGAGAAUGGACCAAGUUUAACAACAGCGCAACACUGCCCAAAGAGCUGGUGUCCAAUGCAGUUUUUCUGCAUCGCAACAUUCUAAUGGUGUAUGGAGGGACGGGAUCUCCGUUCGGAACCACAUGCAGCAACCAACUGUAUAUUUGCAACACAAAGGAAACUUCUAGUCCAAUGGUAGAGGUAAAAACAUCGGGGCAACUGCCCUUACCUCGCUAUGGACAGGCCAUUGUCUAUCACAACGAUCAUCUCUACGUUAUUGGUGGAACCACCGGAUUCACAUACACAUGCGAUAUUCACAGGCUAAAUUUGAAGACCUUAGUAUGGGAAACAGUCCAUUUGUGUAAUGGAACGGAUGAAAAUGAACCACCAGGCCGCUACCGGCACGAAGUUGGGUUCGACGGGAGAAAAAUCUAUAUUUUGGCUGGCGGUACAGCAAGCAAUGUGUAUGGAUUUCGGCAUGUUCCAGCCUUUGAUAUUGAGAAGAGACAAUGGACUAAGGAAAAGACCAUCCCCGCCCUCAAAUUUGGAGUGCCUAAGGCUAGGAGAUGUCAUGGAGCCGCACAGAUUGAGCACGACAAUCAAAUUGAAGUGUUCAUAACUGGAGGUAUCGGCGGCGAUACCAUUUUUCAAGACUUGUGGCGUUUAAAUUUGAAAACUUUCCAAUGGACAUACUUUGAAACCUGUUGGUUACCGCGUCCCACUUACUUUCAUGCAGUGUCUGUUACUCCUGAAGGGCGUUUGUACGUUUUCGGUGGCAUUUAUACUCUGGAUGAAGAAGUGAAACGUAGCAAUGUGAUUUACUCAGCCUGGGUGUGUAUACCCAAUCUCAGUGAGCUUUGCUGGCAGGCAGUGCUGCAUUACAGUCCUGAUAUUUCUACACAUACAAGUGAUCAUUUGAUCAAUUCGGGUUUACCUAGACAUUUUGUGCAACGAUUAGGUGAUAAGGUCUCAAGUGACCGAAAUUUGUAAAUACUUUGUAAUAUAAUCACUAUAUGAAACUUU